AUGAAAAGAAAAAGGCAGGAAGGGGGAGCGUCCCAACCGGAGAAAAAACAGAAAAUUUUGGAGGAACCUAUUCAUGGUCCUCGACCUAUCGUUAAUCAGCUCCUUUGUUUUGCGAAAAAAUGUUUACCUUGUAAGGUGUUGUUGGAUACUGGUGCAACUGGUCCUGUUUUGUCUGCUGUUUUUGUUGAUAGUUUUGAGGUCCCGAAGGUGAAACGAGACGUCCCGGGCCGGGUAUUUGGAUUUACGGGAGAAGUUAUGAAGGGCACAGGACACGCCUUUACACAACCAUUAAUUAUAAUGUCAAGGGGGCAUCAAACACAACUAUCAUUCGAGAUCGCCCCUCUCCCAUCUGGCAUCGAUGCGAUACUACCGAACUGGUGGUUGAAAGAACACAAACCAGUUAUAGGAGCAAAUGGGGAAGUUUCCUACGAUGGCGAUAACUGUAAGAGUCGAUGCUUCACUGACAAGGAACCUCAAAUAGAAAUGGACGAGGGUGUACUGGAUGAUCCGGAGGCCCAAUUCAUCGGUAGCAUUUGUCUCUUGGAAGAUGAAUCGGUCAACCUCCGCGAAACUCUUCCCUCUUGGCUCCAUGGGUUCCUUAAAGUCUUCCUACCAUCGGAAGCAGACAAACUGUGA